AUGGUGGGGGUUGUCGAUGAAUCGAUAACAAAUUAUCAAUCGGAUGGAAACGUUAGAUCUAAUUCGAGUUCAAAUUCAGGUAGUAGUCCGACAAUUAAUCAAGGUUCGAUGCUAAUUGUACCUCAACCUAUAAAUGCGACAAAAAAUGGUAGCACACAUGGUAACACAUCCACAGGAGGAGGAGGAGGAGGAAGAAAAUACAAUUGUAAAAUGUGCCCUCAGAAAAGAGAUGCUGUUGUUGAUAUACAAAAGGAAAACUUGUUGCCCUUGACUCCAUAG